UGCGGAGUCCAAAGCGGAGCGCAAUGGCGUCCAACCCCGAACGGGGGGAGAUUCUGCUCACGGAGUUGCAGGGAGAUUCCCGAAGUCUUCCAUUUUCUGAGAAUGUGAGUGCUGUUCAAAAAUUAGACUUUUCAGAUACGAUGGUGCAACAGAAAUUGGAUGAUAUCAAGGAUCGAAUCAAGAGAGAAAUAAGGAAAGAACUGAAAAUCAAAGAAGGAGCUGAAAAUCUGAGGAAAGUCACAACAGAUAAAAAAAGUUUGGCUUACGUGGACAACAUUUUGAAAAAAUCAAAUAAAAAAUUAGAAGAACUGCAUCAUAAGCUACAGGAACUAAAUGCACAUAUUGUUGUUUCAGAUCCAGAAGAUGUUACAGAUUGCCCAAGGACUCCAGAUACUCCCAGCAGUGACCCUCGUUGUUCCACUAGCAAUAAUAGAUUGAUGGCCUUACAAAAACAAUUGGAUAUAGAACUUAAAGUAAAACAAGGUGCAGAGAACAUGAUACAGAUGUAUUCAAAUGGAUCUUCAAAGGAUCGGAAACUCCAUGGCACAGCUCAGCAGUUGCUCCAGGACAGCAAGACAAAAAUAGAAGUGAUACGCAUGCAGAUUCUUCAGGCAGUCCAGACCAAUGAAUUGGCUUUUGAUAAUGCAAAACCUGUCAUAAGUCCUCUUGAACUUCGGAUGGAAGAAUUAAGGCAUCAUUUUAGGAUAGAGUUUGCAGUAGCAGAAGGUGCAAAGAAUGUAAUGAAAUUACUUGGCUCAGGAAAAGUAACAGACAGAAAAGCACUUUCAGAAGCCCAAGCAAGAUUUAAUGAAUCAAGUCAGAAGUUGGACCUUUUAAAGUAUUCAUUAGAACAAAGAUUAAAUGAACUUCCCAAGAAUCAUCCCAAAAGCAGUAUUAUUAUUGAGGAGCUUUCACUUGUUGCAUCGCCAACACUAAGUCCACGUCAAAGUAUGAUAUCUACACAAAACCAGUAUAGUACACUAUCCAAACCAGCAGCACUAACAGGUACUUUGGAAGUUCGUCUUAUGGGCUGUCAAGAUAUUCUAGAGACAGUCCCUGGACGGUCAAAAGCAACAUCGGUUGCACUACCUGGUUGGAGUCCAAGUGAAACCAGAUCGUCUUUCAUGAGCAGAACAAGUAAAAGUAAAGGUGGAAGUAGUCGAAAUCUCCUAAAAACCGACGACUUAUCCAAUGAUGUCUGUGCAGUUUUGAAGCUAGAUAAUACUGUGGUUGGUCAAACGAGCUGGAAACCCAUUUCUAAUCAGUCAUGGGACCAGAAGUUUACACUGGAACUGGACAGGUCACGUGAACUGGAAAUUUCAGUUUAUUGGCGUGAUUGGCGAUCUCUGUGUGCUGUAAAAUUUCUGAGGUUAGAAGAUUUUUUAGACAACCAACGGCAUGGCAUGUGUCUCUAUUUGGAACCCCAGGGUACUUUAUUUGCAGAGGUUACCUUUUUUAAUCCAGUUAUUGAAAGAAGACCCAAACUUCAAAGACAAAAGAAAAUUUUUUCAAAACAACAAGGCAAAACAUUUCUCAGAGCUCCUCAGAUGAAUAUUAAUAUUGCCACUUGGGGAAGGCUAGUGAGAAGAGCUAUUCCUACAGUAAAUCAUUCUGGCACCUUCAGCCCUCAAGCUCCUGUGCCGGCUACAGUGCCUGUGGUUGAUGUACGCAUCCCUGAACUAGCACCUCCCAUUAGUGAUUCUACAGUAACCAAAUUGGACUUUGAUCUUGAACAUGAACCUCCUCCGGCCCCACCACGUGAUUCUUCCCUUGGAGAAAUAGAUGAAUCUGCUAAAUUAAGAGAUUCGGAUACACCAGGACAGGAUUCAGAAACUGUCUUUGAUAUUGAGAAUGACAGAAAUAGUAUACUUCCGAAAUCUCCAUCUGAAUAUGAGCCUGGUAUUCCUCAACCAGGCCUAGGAUACAGUAGUAUUCGAGAACUUGAGGAUAGAAGAUCUCAACCGAUGUUUCAGUUUAAUCUACAAGACUUCAGAUGUUGUGCUGUCUUGGGUAGAGGACAUUUUGGAAAGGUGCUUUUGGCUGAAUAUAAACACACAAAUGAGAUGUUUGCUAUAAAAGCCUUAAAGAAAGGAGACAUUGUGGCCCGAGAUGAAGUAGACAGCCUGAUGUGUGAAAAAAGAAUUUUUGAAACUGUGAAUAGUGUAAGACAUCCCUUUUUGGUGAACCUUUUUGCAUGUUUCCAAACCAAAGAGCAUGUUUGCUUUGUAAUGGAGUAUGCUGCCGGUGGGGACCUAAUGAUGCACAUUCAUACUGAUGUCUUUUCUGAACCAAGAGCUGUAUUCUAUGCUGCAUGUGUAGUUCUUGGGUUGCAGUACUUACAUGAACACAAAAUUGUUUAUAGAGAUUUGAAAUUGGAUAACUUAUUGCUAGAUACAGAGGGCUUUGUGAAAAUUGCUGAUUUUGGUCUUUGCAAAGAAGGAAUGGGAUAUGGAGAUAGAACAAGCACAUUUUGUGGCACUCCUGAAUUUCUUGCCCCAGAAGUAUUAACAGAAACAUCCUAUACAAGGGCUGUAGAUUGGUGGGGACUUGGAGUUCUUAUAUAUGAAAUGCUCGUUGGUGAGUCUCCCUUUCCUGGUGAUGAUGAAGAGGAGGUUUUUGACAGUAUUGUAAAUGAUGAAGUAAGGUAUCCAAGGUUCUUAUCUACAGAAGCCAUAUCAAUAAUGAGAAGGCUAUUAAGAAGAAAUCCUGAGCGGCGCCUUGGAGCUGGUGAGAAAGAUGCGGAGGAUGUAAAAAAGCACCCAUUUUUCCGGCUAAUUGAUUGGAGUGCUCUCAUGGACAAAAAAGUCAAGCCGCCAUUUGUACCUACCAUUAGAGGACGAGAAGAUGUUAGCAAUUUUGAUGAUGAAUUUACCUCAGAAGCACCUAUUCUGACUCCACCUCGAGAACCAAGGAUACUUUCAGAAGAGGAGCAAGAAAUGUUCAGAGAUUUUGACUACAUUGCUGAUUGGUGUUAAGUUCCUAGACACUGUGAAACCAAGCAAACUGACUCACAAGAAGACCUCUUAACAAUAGCAACCCUUCAUUUGCUCUCUGUGCCACCAGUAGCUUCUGAGUUUUUUGUUUAAACACAUGAAGAUUUCUUUAAAAGUACCAUUCUAAAACCUUCUUGAAAGUGGCUUCUUAAUGUAUUUUCAACGUAAAUCUGAGCACUGGAAACAGUUUCAUGGAGUUUAAGUGGAGUGAACUUCGGCCAUGAAAACCUAUCACAAAUGAAUACUUUUGGAUCAAUAGUCUAUUUUU